AUGGCGACGCCUUACCACAAUCACGACUGGCGACCAGACAACAAAGUCUUUCGUGUCUGGUGCCCUCAGAGUCCACUUGUGCGUACGGAGAUGUAUGACACGGUUGACUGCGACGAGCAUCCCAUUGGUACUAAUGCCGUUGUGGCGGUGAUCACAUACACAGGCUACGAUAUGGAGGAUGCAAUGAUCAUCAAUAAGCAGUCCUAUGAGCGCGGCUUUGGUCAUGGCGUUGUCUACAAGACGAAAAUCAUCGACGCUUGUGACAAACAUGCCACCCCAGAAGAGAUGGCCCUGGCGACUUUCAGUAACCUCAAGCUCCAAGGGGCGGAGGUCAUGGGACGGAUGUCUGAAGAGUUGAAUGAUGACGGCUUUCCUCCCAUCGGAACCUACCUGACCCAUGGAUCGCCCAUGUAUUGUGUCAUGGACGCCUAUGGCAAGUCGACCAUCCACACGUACCAGGAUGAUGAACCAUCCUAUGUGGAGCAGGUGGUUCGCCUUCAUGGCGGGGACUUCGCUGGCUGCGAUCCAUUCAGAAAGGUUGUGAUGAAGCUCCGCUACACACGGAAUCCAGUGGUUGGGGACAAAUUUUCCUCGAGACAUGGACAGAAGGGUGUGAUGAGUAUCCUCUGGCCCGCCGAAGACAUGCCCUGGUCGGAGAGUGGCUUGACACCGGACAUCCUCUUCAAUCCGCACGGUUUUCCCUCUCGAAUGACCAUUGGCAUGCUCAUCGAGAGCAUUGCAGGCAAAACCGCAGCCAUGGAAGCCAAGAGCACCGCAGAUGCUACGACCUUCCGCGAGUACAAAGGCUUCUACAACAACGGUGACAACGAAGGCAAACCCUUCCUGGACAAGUCCGUGGACGGGCCAAUGGCGGCGGAAUAUUUUGGCGAAACGCUGAAGAAACACGGCUACAAGCGACUGGGAACGGAACGUAUGUAUUCGGGCAUUCAUGGCACGGAGAUUGAAACCGACAUCUUCGUUGGCGUGGUCUACUACCAACGGCUGCGGCAUCUGGUCAUGGACAAAGCCCAGGUGCGUGCGCGCGGCGUGACGGACCGGUUGACCAACCAGCCGCUGAAGGGCCGGAAGAACAAGGGAGGUAUCCGUUUUGGUGAGAUGGAGCGUGACUCUCUGUUGGCCCAUGGCACCUCUUUCCUGUUGCACGAUCGCUUGAUGCGCUCCUCCGACUUUGAUAUGGCCUAUGUUUGCCCCAGCUGCGGUUCUGUGGUGACGCCCACCAAAAAUGCUGGUGGUGAAGUCAUGGAAAAGCAGGCCCGAUCUCGGAGAUGGACGGAUCCGGGGGAAGCCUGGGAAUGUAAACCAUGCAGCUUGAAACAACAGAAGAUCGUGAAAUGUCACUCGAUGCCAGUCCCCUGGGUUUUCAGGUACUUGGCGUGCGAGCUGGCCUCGAUGAAUGUGCGAAUGGACAUCAAAGUGUCGGAGAAAGCGCGAGAGAUGUCCUGUAGCAGAGCCUUAGAGGACUUUUUCGUCAACACCUUUGCUGGCUUUGCCAAGGUGGCAAAUACACCGGCGAAACGUAAGAAGAAGUAUCGUUCCUCUCAGGGAGAUCUUUGCUCCAGUCGAGGGACUGACAUGCCUCGCCUUCAUGUUUUGGGCGACGAUGGGGCGUGGGUCAACGGAGAGCUUUUGAGGUUUCGACAAGUGAGUCGUGGCACCACUAGCCCGUCCAUGGCGGGACGCGAGAUGCUGCAGCAAAUGAGCCGGCGGAAGUCCAAUGCCAGGGACAAUGUGAACACCAACGUCAACGAGGAAUCGUCGGACGAUUCCUCAGUGCAAGGGCUGACGAUGGAACAGCAGGACAUGCUGGACAAGAUCCAACCUUUGGAGUCGCAGAUCUGCGAGUUGGAAGUAGGUCGACGGAAGGAGCUUGAGCGCGCAGAAGCAUUUCUGAAGCGCUUGGAGAAACACCAGCACCAGACGGAGCUCUUGGAAAACCGCUUGAACGAUGAGUUGAGCACCAGGGCCUUGUCUUUACUCUUCAGGCCAGUCAGGAUCUUUGGAGAGAUCAAUGCUCAGGUGCGUGGAUGUCGUCGCCUUACAGUGCUUGGAGCCUUGGUUGACUUCACUCCCCCCUAUGUGGAUCUGCUGUUGACUGAUGCCAGUGAAGUGGUUGCACAUGGACUUAAGCCGGCAUGUGAGGUCUUCCGUUCUGUGGAAUUUUGUGCUGGGUUGGGUGCCACGGGGGUCGGUCUGGCUGCUGCGGGGUUUGACCUGGCGUGCAGUGUUGAGUGGCGUGCUCCUCUUGCGUCCUUGCAUGAAACUGUGCAUCCUACUGUCCCUGUUGUGCUUGGUGACAUUGGUGACUUGGCAUGUCUCAAGCAAGUGGCUUCGUUGGUGGAUCCCCCCUUUUGUUUGGUGUCGAUCCCUGAUUGGCCAAAGUUUGCUGGUCUGGUGGUUCGUGAUUUGAUGCCUGUGAUUCCUACUUGGCCAGACGAUGUUGUUGAGGAGUUGCAGUUGAAACCCCAUGAAGUCAGGCAAUUCACACUGGAUGGUUCUCACAUGCGGAAGUAUGUCCUGCAACCUGACCAAAAGCUUCCUACCAGUUUGCACAGUUGGGGAAGCCAAGCUGAUCCGUGUCCAUGCACCUGUCGUCAAGAGCCUUUCAGUGAAGCCCUGGUUCGAAGUAAAGGCAUUUAUGCUGUGGUGGUCCAGAUCUUGUCUGAGUCAGGUGAACCACAGUACAGACAUUUGCAUCCGACUGAGCUUGCCCUUUUGAACGGUCUGCCACCUCCCGAUGUUUGGAACUCAGCGGACAGACCUGACUUGCGGCUUUGUCUGUGUGGUGUUGGACAACUUGCGUCUCCACUUCAAUCUUUGUGGGUAGGGGCAUGCAUUCGUGCGCAGUUGCUGGAAAGAUGUGGUCUUCCUGCGGACUCUGUUUCUCCUGUCUGUCGUCUCCAGCAGUUCAAGCAGAAGCUGUAUGACGUUGCCAAGACUCUCUUUCGCAGUGUCCCGCCUGUUGCCCCGACAAUUGUGGAUCCUGAGGUGCAUGAAGUCACGCUGGUGUAUGCCGACUGUACUCAGGUCACAGUGCAGGUUUCUGCCGAUGCCACUGUUUCUCAGCUGCGUCAAGCGGAUGAUGCUCUUCAAGGACCGGAGGAUGGAAAGUGGAUUGAUGCUCAGUCUUCGUCUGUCUUGCAAGGUCAUGAGACGGUUAGUGGUCGCACCAUACAGGUCUGUUCAUCCCCGUCCAGUGAGCCGAUGUCUGAACCUGAUGCUACUGGAAUUGAUCCCAUUCAGCUUGAGCAGGAUUUGCCGAUUGUCCCUCACCGACCUGUCUUGGAUGUGUCUCUCUCCAGCCCUAGCCGUGGACUUGAUGUCGUGUCUGAUUUUCAUGGCUUGAAGCGUCACUGCACGGUUGAUGUCCGGCUUCCGGUUGAUGCCCUUUCUGGUCUUCUUGCUUUGACCGGUCCUCAGUUGGCUGCACUGGUUCCUCCGAUUGUGGUGACCAGAGAACAGUGUGUUGCCAUGCGUCAGGCCUCAACUUCGAGCUCCUCUCGCUUGCAGAUUCUCCACAACCAGGGAGUUGCCAUGGGUGAUGAUGAACUGACCCUUCAUGUGAUGUCUUGUGUGCAGUUGUCAGGUCGUUCUGAUCUGCGGUUUUUAGAUCCCCUGCUUGCUUCUGGGUGGCUCCGUCAUGGUACCGUUGAUCAGGUACGUGCUUGGAUGGAUGAAUUGCCGCAGGUGACGUGCAUUGUCACAGUGGUGCUCCUUGACGACCAUUGGAUCCCUGUCAUGUGGACGUGUGGCCUCUCUGAGGUAAGGGUCACAAUGUGGGAGCAUGAUGAUGGAGUGGUUGAACCGUUGUGUCCGUUGCAUGGCUUGAUCAGUCAAGCGUGGCAGCGUCCUAUGUUUGCUCUUGCAUGCAACAGGCGUUCCUUUGGACGUGAUCACUGCGGUACUGCGGCUGUGUGCUUCCUUGGCCAAUUGUUGCUGAACAAGCCCUUGCCUGUCCAUGAUGAAGAUUUGGUGCGUAUUCAUGCUGAGUUGCGCACAAGCUUUGGUGCUGCCAUUGGACUUUUGACUGAAGUGCCAAAGCCUUGGUGCUGGGGGUUGGGUGUCCCUGAUGUGACCGGUCUUGUCGCCAACCUGUUGCAAUUGCAUGGUGUGCCACAUGCCCAGUGCAAUUCACGUGCCAAGAUGAUCCUCCAGAGCUUAGGCAAGACUGAAGUCCAAGCUGCUGUCACAGGAGUUGCACCAUGGAAGUCAUUGAAGCACUUGGCCAACCUGCACCAGCCAGUGAUCCAGCUGGUGUUGCCCGAUGAACAGGCUCAACAUGUUGCAGCCCGCCAGAGCCAAACCAGCAUGCCUAAGAAGAAUGCAGGUGGCACCAAACGCCUCCCCCCUGCCAGGCCAGCUGAGCUGGACCCAUCCAAGUUGGUUAUUGAUCAUGGGGCCUUUUGCAUUGAUGCUGACGAGCCAUUGUCACAGACCCCCUUCUCGACUUUGGGACCUCUGUCUGUUGGAAUUGCCUUGGCCACCUACGCGGACGCUGCUCCCUUUCUUGAUGAUGGACAGGUGUUGUCACAUGGUGGACUUGCCCUGCUGAUCAUUAACCCUCCUGCUGACUUGUCCACAUCCUUGCAGUGGUCGUCUCUGAGGUUUGCUGCACUUUGCACUUACAAUAACGAACCCAUGUUGUUGUCUGGAGUCUUGGUUCAGCUUGGCCGCAAAACUGUGUACAAAUUCCGUGCCAAGAAUGUGCCGUCCAUCAUGUCCGUUGAUGUUGCAUGUGCCCGGGUUACUGUCCACUAUGAUCAGUGGGAGCAGAGCUGGGAAGACUUUGCCAGCAAGCCAGUGAAGCAUGUCCUUGCGUGCAUCCCAUGCCUUCAAACUUGCAGAACGGAAGGAUGCCAAUGUCCUGCCUGGCACCCCCAACAGUCGGAUCAGCAUGAUGCCCUGCUGGAUGUCUUUCGCAGACAGUUCUUCGGUGACAAUGGGCGUCCGACGAAGUGGGACAAAGCUUCUUACUUUGCGGUCCUCAUUCGAUAUGUGAAAAGCCUGGAAACAACAGUUUUGUCUCUGAGUGGCCGCAAUGGAGUUUUCAUCGAGCCCAAAACUGAAGAUGCCAUGCAGCCUCACAAUGAUUUUCAGGUCAUUUGGCUUCCGAACCUGGACUUUGCAGCAAUCGCUCAUAAAGCCAAGUGUGAGGCCCACUGCAUCGGCAUUGCCAGGUCAGGCCGACGCUUUGGACUUCGCGUCAUGGCUCAGCACUUUGCCGAAGUUUUUGCCAGUGUCAAACCAGAAGCAGUUUACUUGGCUCCAGGGUCCCGACUGACCUACCACACGGGCCCUUGGCCGUAUGGUUGUGACAGAAAGAGCAUUGCCAAAGCUCUGCGUGCUGUUGGGUGGGAAUGCAGACCCUUGCAGCCUUUGCAAAGUGUUGUCGGUGGGUUGGUUUGGUCGGUCCAGGCCAUUUGUGAACCCCCCAACAAUGUCCUGUCAAUGCAGCAUGGUCAGGUGGUUUUGACCAGGCAUGAUCCGCGUCAAGCACCUGCUGAGGCCCCUGCACCUGUUGUCGGCCAAGAAGCCACUGUCCGCCUGUGCUCUGUACAGUCCCUGCAACAACAGAUGCUGGUCUCCAUGGACCUCCAAAGCAAGCAGAUGCAGACAAUGCUCACGGAGCAAAUGUCUCGCAUAGAGACGAUUUUGUGCAAGAAGAGUAAGUUUCAGUUGGUUAGCAGCAUAGAUGCCUCGGUCGUCGCCAUCAGUGAGACUCACUUGUCCAAAAGGUCCACCAAUGCUUUUUCUGGCAGCCUCCGGGCUAUGCGUUCCCGUUUUACAAAAGUUGUCACUGGCGCCCCACUCCCGCAGAGGGCCGCCAGUAGCGAUGCAGGUAGUUAUGCUGGAGUUGCGUUCGCUUCAUGCUUUCCUUGCCGCACCUUGGCAGUUCCAUGGCCAGUUGAUGCGUACGAGACCAGCCGUGUUCAGUGUGCUGCCUUUUUCAGCCCUGCAGGGUGGGUCACAGGUGCUGUUGUGUAUGGGUACCCACAAGGCAAGACCCAUGUUGACGCCAAGGGGAAAACUGAGUUGCUGUUGGAUUUUCUGUUUGACCAUUUGCACUCCUUGCCAGGUCCUCGGUUCUUCGCUGGCGAUUGGAAUUUUGAGCCACGUGAAUUGGAAGUAGUUGCCAAACUUCGUGCUGCUGGUUGGGUGGAAGUCCAAGACCUUGUGCUACAGCGUACUGGUGCCCCGAUCCAGAAGACAUGUAAAGGGGCCACUAGAAAGGAUCACCUCUGGUUGUCCCCUGAGUUGGUGCUUGCCUUUGUGGGACUGUCCUUGGAUUUUGAAACCUUUGCCGAUCACGCUGUCAUGGUUGCACGGUUCCGUGGGGAUACUUGUCAUGCUGAGCGCUUUGUGUGGCCGUGUCCUCAACCUGUGCCCUGGUCCCAAGUCCCUCCGUCUGGAUUUGCAGUGGAGUUUUCCUAUCCGACUGACCCGUCGACUCAGUAUGCAGUGUUGUGGCAACAGCGUGAGCAAAGUGCCCAGGAAGCUUUGCAGGACCAGUGGGUCCCGGCCAUGGGUGGUCGAGGUCAACAAACCAAACCCCGCCGUGUGGUUGGCAGGCAUGCCCCUAUCAAACGAGGGCGCUACCAAGAUGUCCAGCCCACCUUUUAUGGAUUUUCAUCGGUGCAUGCCCAGCGGUUCAAGCAGUUGCGGCGUCUGCAGAACUACUUGAGGUGGGUUGUGAAUCACGAGGCUGGGAAAACCUCGGACACUACUCAUGGCAUUGCGUUGUGGUCUGCUGUGUUGAAGUCACCUGGGUUUGUCCCUUCCUUUUCCCGUUGGUGGCCUGAACGUUGGUAUGUGUGCCCCAAUGAUCCUUGCAGCAUUCCCCAGUUUUGUCCUGCCUCCAGUGUUGCCCAUCAGAUCUUUGAUGCUGUCUUCGCUGAAGUGCGGUUGUUUGAGCGUCGGUUGGUUCACAUGCGCGCUGCUCACAGGUCUGCACAGCAUGCUGCUGAUCGGAACCUGAUUUUCAGGGAAGUUUCUCGCCCAUCUGCAGAGCCUGUUGAAACGUUGCUUCAUCAAGUCAGUGGGGUUGUUGAAGAAGUUGAUGCUCAGGAGUCGGCUGUCAUCCUUACUGAGUCAGUUGAUGUGCGUCCUGGAUUUGCCUUGUGGGUCGGGGGAUCUCCAAAGGAUGUCAUACAUGCUGAAGCUGAUAAGGUGUGGCUUACUGACAUCGAUGGCAUCCAGGCCACUGACAGAGUUGUCCAAUCUGAGCCCGUCGGUGACCUGGCGGCUAUUUUUGAUGCCUUUCAUACCCAAUGGAAGCAACGCUGGUGCCGUCAUGAUGCAACUUCCUUCCGUCAAUGGGAUCAGCUUGUGGGUUUUGCCUCUCGUGUUCUCCGGCCUUCACCCAUACCUCACCUCCGGGUUGACGUGGACUUGUUGCGUGCUGAAGUGUCCCGGAAGAAAAAGACUGCAGCGACUGGGCUUGACGGAGUCAGCAGGCAAGACUUGCUCCUUGCCGAUGACCAAACGCUGCAAAGUUUGGUCAAUGUGUUUUGCCGAGCGGAAUCCGAUGGCAUGUGGCCUUGCCAAUUGUUGGCAGGCAAAGUCCACUCUCUCGCCAAAUGCGCAGGUGCUUCGGGAGUUGGAGACUAUAGGCCCAUAACUGUCUUUGGUUUGCCCUAUCGUGCUUGGUCCAGCCUCCAGUCGAGACACCUCUUGCAAUGGGCUGAAACCUGGGUUGACGAAGGAGUUUAUGGUAACAGGAAGGGACGUCAAGCCUCUGACCUUUGGAACUUCUUGCUUCUCCAGAUUGAAAUGGCAUACAGCACUGGCCAACCCAUUUGCGGGCUAUCGGCUGACUUGGAGAAAUGCUUCAACUGUAUUCCCAGGUUUCCUGCGUUGUGCCUUGCCGUUCUUGCAGGAACCCCUUCCGAAGUUACAACUGCAUGGGCUGGUGGACUUGCCUCCAUGAAACGGCACUUUAAGGUCCGUGAGUCGUUCUCCAGUGGCUUUCUGACUUCAACUGGAUUGGCCGAAGGGUGUGGACUUAGCGUCUAUGGGCUGCUGUUGGUUGACCACCUUUUCCACGUCUGGACUUCCUACCAAGGGGUGCCCUGCCGGUCUCUGUCCUAUGUUGAUGAUUGGCAUGUGUUCACUUGGGACGUUGACUAUGCCGUGCGGCAAUCGGACUUGGUUGUGGAAUUUGCCUCCAUGUUGGAUUUGACUGUGGAUCGUCGCAAGACUGUUGCUUGGUCCACCGAUGCCCAGACACGGAAAGCCCUGAGAGACCGCAAUGUUCCUGUGGUUCACCAAGCCCGUGAGCUCGGAGGCCAUUUCGGGGUGUCCCGACAGUUCACCAACAAAACGGUGACGCAGAGGCUUGAGGCAUUGGAAGACUUCUGGCCGAAACUGCGCAGUUGCAGAGCCAGACAUUCUGCAAAAGUGCACAUGUUGCGGGCGGUUGCCUGGCCGCGAGGGCUCCAUGCCAUUGCCAGUGCGCCAAUUGGUGAUCAUGUUUGGACUGAACUUCGCCGUCGUGCCACUAAUGCCUUGACUUGCAACAAGCCUGGUGUGAACUCUCACUUGCUCCUUGGUCUGGUUGAGGUGCGUGCUGAUCCCCAGUUGGUUGCUUUGCUUUGGACGUGUCGGGCUGCCCGUCUCAGUUGUGACCUUGACUUCUGGACUGCCUCAGUCGCUAGUGUGGCCCAUGGGGACAUGGACUUACCCCCCAAUUCGGUGGCAUCAGUGUUGUUGGGUCGUCUCCAGCAUGUGGGACUCCAUGUUGAUCGACUUGGUUUAGUCCAUGAUGCGUUUGGCUGCUUCUCGGUUCAUCAGGGCAAUUUUGCUGAGGUUGAAAUGAGGCUCACCUGGGCGUGGUAUCAAGUGGUUGCUUCGAAGGUUCAACAUCGUUCUGAAUUUCAUCGACUUUGGCAGGUCGAUGUACCUGCUACCCGGCGUGCCCUUGCUGCUUUGGCUCCGGACGACCAGGCUCUGCUGCGGUUUGGAUUGACUGGUGGACUUUUCACUGAGGCCUACAAAGCCAAAUGGGCUGAUCAAUCAGAUGUUUGCAGAUGGUGUGGGGGGCGUGAUACUCUGCAACACCGCUAUUGGGAGUGCAUUCAGCAUGCAGAUCUUCGUGCCUCUCUUGCGGCCGAUGCGGCCAAUGUUUGGACUUCCCUGCCCCCUGCCCUGUCUUUGCGUGGGUGGGCUCUGUUGCCUCCCACUUGGCAAGCUUGGAUUGCCACACUGGCUGGACUCCCCGCUGACGCGGUCCCACCGUCUAGCUCCUUUCGCCGUGGAGUUUGGAAUGAUGUGUUCACGGAUGGUUCCUGUCUUUGGCAAGCACAUGUGUCUUAUCGUGUUGCUUCUUGGGCCGUUGUGUUGGCUGCUCCCUUUCAGCCGUCAUGGACUCCCGAGAUGGCUGUCGUCCUCCAUGCUUCUGCGUUGUCUGGGGUGUGCCAAACUGCGUUCCGUGCUGAACUUGCUGCUGUUGCGUAUGUCUUGCAUUGGGCGGCUCGAACCGGCAUUGCUGUUCGUGUUUGGUCGGAUUGCUCGGGGGUGGUUAACAAGGUGAAGCUGAUGUGCAAUGGGCGUUUUCGCCUUGGUGUCAAUCGGCCCAACAGCGACUUGUGGAUUUGGAUUGCUGCUUCAUUGGAUGACAUUGGGGUGGAUCGGGUUCAAAUCCGUAAGGUUGCCGCCCACCGCACUCUGCAAAGUGCCCGGACGGCAGAUGAGAUGUGGCAAUUCUUUCACAAUGGUUAUGUGGAUAAGGCUGCCCGCCUUGCAAAUCAAGCGAGGCCGGAACAGUUUUGGAAGCUUUGGGAACAACAUGUGCAGGCGACUCAGGCAGCUCAGAAGCUUGUCAAUCAGGUUCAAGCUCUUCACGUUGCAAUUGGCCGCCGCCAUGUUUUGUCGGAAGAGGAAGCAGACCAAGGUGCAGAGGUGCCGCAGCGGAGCACCAGACAGUUUGAGAUGAAUUUUUCUCUUGGACGUUGGUUUGGUCAUGCGCUGCCCGAUUCAUCUCGGUUGUUUGGGACGACCCAUGUUUCAAGAGUGGUGAGAUGGUUUACAGAACGGAUUCGUGACACUACAGCAGAUGAUUUGCGUUGGGUGUCGUUUGCACAGUUGUAUCUGGACUUUCAGAUGUGCUGGGGACUGCCAGGUCCAUUGCGAGUCCAAAAUCAGUGGGUCGACAUCAGCAUGCGGCCCCAUCUCACUACAUCUGGUUUUUCGUUCAAACAGCAGGUGAAAUGGUUCAGGCAACUCUUGAAAUCGGUGUGGAGGGAAGCCUCAGCGCACAUCGCAAUGGAGCAAUGCAGGCCACAUUCUUCGAUGGUCCAGGCAUUUGUUCAAUGUGCCUCGCUUCCGUGGGCACCCUUUGCGCUCCAUACGGUUGACAACUGGCUUGCUGCUAAUCUGGUUCAACCGUGCACACGGAAUGCUGCCGCCCUUCUCCGCCUACCUGCUCCCUCGCAAUGCCUGGAGAUGACAAUUUAG